GAAAUCCCAAUACUGGGAGUCCCAGUUCAGUAAAAAAAAAAAAAAAAAACUCGCGAGUUUUGGACGACUCGGUCAACACUCGACCAUUACUUUUGCUGCUUGCUAUUGUGUGCAUCGUGUUGCCAACUGGGUAGGAAAGAUGUUUGUUGCACGCAGCAUUGCAGCAGAUCAUAAAGAUCUCAUCCAUGACGUUUCUUAUGAUUUCCACGGACGGAGAAUGGCGACUUGUUCCAGUGACCAAAGUGUAAAGGUCUGGGACAAGAGUGAAAAUGGAGAGUGGCACUGCACAGCCAGCUGGAAGACACACAGUGGAUCAGUGUGGAGAGUGACUUGGGCUCACCCAGAAUUUGGGCAAGUUUUGGCUUCAUGCUCUUUCGACAGGACAGCAGCCGUGUGGGAGGAAAUUGUAGGAGAGUCAAAUGACAAACAGAGAGGACUGAGCCACUGGAUCAAAAGAACCACACUUGUGGACAGCAGAACAUCAGUGACGGAUGUGAAGUUUGCUCCUAAACACAUGGGCCUGAUGCUGACCACGUGUUCUGCAGACGGCGUGGUGAGGAUCUAUGAGGCUCCUGAUAUCAUGAACCUGAGUCAGUGGUCCCUGCAGCACGAAAUCUCCUGCAAGCUCAGCUGCAGCUGUAUUUCUUGGAACCCCUCAAGUUCACGUGCCCAUGCGGCAAUGUUUGCUGUAGGGAGCGACGACAGCAGCGUGGCGUACGGCGGCAAAGUCCAGAUCUACGAGUACAAUGAAAACACAAGGAAAUACGCUAAAGCCGAGACGCUAGUCACCAUCACAGAUGCCGUGCACGACAUUGCUUUUGCUCCCAACCUGGGAAGGUCUUUCCAUGUCCUCGCCAUCGCGACCAAAGAUGUUAGAAUCUUCAAGCUGGUGCCCGUCAGGAAGGAGAGCACCUCCACAGGACCCACCAAGUUUGAGGUGCAGAUCGUGGCCCAGUUUGACAACCACAACUCUCAGGUGUGGCGUGUGAGCUGGAACAUCACGGGCACACUGCUGGCCUCCUCGGGGGACGAUGGCUGCGUGCGCCUCUGGAAAGCCAACUACAUGGACAACUGGAAGUGCACAGGCAUCCUGAAAGGCGAUGGCAGCCCACUGACUGCUUCAUCUGGUCAGCCCACAGCCAUGAGAACCGUGAUUGGGUCCUCGGCUCAGAACACCCUGAAUGGCCUGCCUGCAGGAAGGAAUUGAAGGAGGACACUGUCUCCCAGCUGACCUCUCCAAAGACACACCAGCGUCCUGCAUACUACUAAUGUCCACCGUACAACUAACGUGUACAUCUUUGUUGCUGUGCAUGAACGUCUGCUACGCCAUCUUGUAGAUUAGAAGAAAAAAAAUAAUUGCAUGAUGUGACUGCACUCCUUUUCACAUCCCUCCUUUGUUCCCACAACUUUCUUUUAAUGUCAUUUCCUUUCGUUUUUCUUUCCAUUCUUGUCUGCGUCUUCUCCUUCUGUGGUGUCUUCAGGUAUUUCUUUCCACCUCUGGACCCCCCCAGAGCUGGAAGCGUGCAUGGUCACCUGCUGCCUCCCUCUUCCCUCAUUGAGCCCUGUGAUGUUGAGCCCAGUCAACAGCAGGCUCUCCUUCCACACAGACUUUCCUCAAGGUCGCUCGUGUCCUUGUCACCGUCUGAUGGACAUUGAUACUUUACCUGUCACACACACACCACUUUAAAACAAACAUUUCAUUUCUCCUGAUGUCUAUGUGUGUGCGUGUGUGUUUGUGGUAAUGCAGUUUUCUGAUGAACAACGAGAAAAUGAACAAAAAACAAAAGCGAAAAAUGACUUUAUUAAAAAAUAGAACAUAGCUACAAGGCUUGUUUGGGUGUGUUCCCACAAUAGGUGACAGAUGUCAAAAAGGUUUGUAAAUUAUUUAAUAUAGGUCAAAUUAUGAAAAGCAUGUCAUUGCAGUGCUACACACAUUUUUUAACUCUCGCAAGAAAUACAAAAUAUGUAAUUCUUCUCUAAAAGAACCGUUCUUGAUGCUCCCAAGAACAAUGUUGUAUGGAAAGGGAAUCGUAGAUAAAAGGUCUACAGUUUGGACCUUCGUAAUAUUUUCAGGCAGGCCAUUUUAGACAAUGUUUUAAAAACCAAUGUUUUAAAAAAUGUAUGACCUUUUAAACAUGUUUUAAAAAAAUAACAGCCCUAUAGUUACCCAAUAUAUUGAUAUCUGGCAUGGGUUAAGGCUGCAACAGUAGCACGUGUAUUAUUGUGCCUGCUAUGACUCAUUCAAAUCUACAAUAAAAGCCUAU